AUGGUAAAACGGGUAAUCAAAAAUUCCGUUUCGGAGGACGAUGGUGAAUCUAAUAUUAUUAAUGAAAAUGGAAAACGAGUAGCCGAUUCAGGAAAUAAGGAUGGAAAGAAACGUAUUAAAACCAAAAGUUUAUACCGUCAGCCUACUGCAAACGAAUUAAAUCGUCUUCAAGAAACUGAGAAUUUAUUUAAUUCUAAUUUAUUUAGACUUCAAGUUGAAGAAAUACUACAGGAGGUUAAAGUCAAAGAGAAAACUAUUAAAAGAUUUCAAGAAUGGUUCACGCAUUUCAAAACUCAUUUGUUAUCUAUACCAGAAAGUGAGAAAGAAUAUGACUUGUCUGAUAAAACUUUUUCAAAGCUAUUAAAAGUGAAAUUGCCUAUCAAUGAUAUACUUGAGAAGACAAAAGUUAUGUUUAAAUUUUAUAAAUUCAGUAAUAUUGAAAUUGUUGGUUCUUAUAACUUAGGAUGCUCUAUAAACUCAAAAUUAGUUAUUGACUUACAAAUUACAGUUCCAGUAGAUACAUACACAAAAAAUGACUCAGUAAAUUAUAAGUAUCAUAAAAAAAGAGCUGCAUAUUUAGCUUAUAUAGCCUCCCAUUUAAACAAACUUGAAAUAAUAGAAAAUCUACAAUAUUCAUUUAAAAAUGCUUGUGAAACAAAACCUAUAUUGAUAAUAAAACCACAUGGGAAACUUGGCAACCAUAUAUAUGUGCAUCUUGAUGUUGUUUGUGGGAUUGAAGCUUACAAGCUACAUAGGUUUAGUCCAACUCGUAACAAUCUAAGAGAGUCAUGGUUAUUUUCAAUGGAUGAUCAAGAAAGCACAGAAAUUGGUCUUCCAACACCAUAUUAUAAUAGUAGUGUGUUAAGUGAUUUGACAAAUUCAGUAAACCAGGAAUUUUUAAAGCAAAUUUUAAUGAAUUGUGAAAAUUUAAAACAGGCUGUAGUUCUGUUAAAAAUAUGGGUGCGACAGCGUAAUUUACAAGUAUCUGGAUACAUCAUCAGUAUGAUAAUAGCAUAUUUAGUUCAAGCAAAGAGAAUAAAUAACAUUAUGAGCAGUUAUCAGAUUGUGAGAAAUGUAUGGAUUGCUUUGAAAUCGUCAGAAUGGGAUAAACAAGGUAUAUCUGUAUGCAAGGACCAAGGCUCCCCAUCAUUAGAAGAAUUCCAUGAACACUUCCCUGUUGUGUUUUUAGAUAAGACUGGCUACUACAAUAUUUUAUGGCAAAUGUCUAAAGGAACCUAUUCGGCGUUAAAGCGAGAGAGUUCUCUAGCCAUUGAUAUGUUAGAUAACGCAAAAAUAAACAGUUUCAUACCAUUAUUUAUGACACCAGUUAAGGUUUUGAUGCAGUUUGAUCAUAUUUUAAAGUUUAAAAACUUCAAUGAAGUAAAACAAACCAUCUUAGAUAAAGCUCUAAAACCGGUCAGAGUUAACUAUGGCUUAGAUCAUCUCGCACUAGUUACUGAGACACUCCACAAUUUGCUAAGCAAAGGUCUCGGUGACCGAGUGGAUUUAAUUCUACAGAUAGUUGAAGCCGAUUUCUCUUGGUCUGUAAAGAAGUCUUUGGAAAAAGAAAAAAAGGAAGGUUAUAAGGAGAAACUAUCAUUUGGUUUCAUAUUGAACCAUGAGAAUGCAAUAAACAUAGUUGAUAGAGGACCUCCAGCUAAUCUUCCAGAAGCAGAAGAAUUUAGAGCAUUCUGGGGAGAUAAAUCUGAGCUACGCAGAUUCCAAGAUGGCUCCAUCACGGAGGCGUGCGUGUGGAGCGCCGACACGCUCGCAGACAGGCGCAACAUCCCCGCACAGAUAAUAGACUAUCUGUUACAGAUUAAAUAUGCUGUCCCACCGGAGCAGAUCUUCCACAUCAACUCCCAACUGAACGACCUGUUAGUGAGGAAGUCUGAUCAGUGCCAGCAGAUGGAGGAGACCGCUCUCUCCGUGUUACAAGCCUUUGAUGAGUUACGGAGAGAUAUGAGAGGGCUGACACAGUUGCCGUUGGAAAUUAGUGCGGUUUAUGGCACGUCCCCCGUAUUCAGCUACUGCGAGCCUUUCCCCCCGUGUCCCCCGCUGGCCCCGCGCCGGGGGCCACGGCGGCGCGGGGCCUGCGCGCUGCUGCACGACCAGGGGACCUUCGUGCCGGAGUAUACGCCUGCUAGUGACGUCGUGGUGGAGCUUACGCACAGUGGCAAAUGGCCGGGUGACAUCGAGGCCUUCCGCUGUCUAAAAGCGGCUUUUCACUUACAAAUCGCUGAACGAUUAAACAAACAGUACUCCCUCCUAACUCAAGCCUAUGACACUCACGUCGAUGUGCUCAAAAAUGGUUUAGUCUUUCGCCUAAGAAUUGCUCACGCUAAAGAGAUAACUCUCCUGCGGAGAGAAAUACAGAGGGGAGUGGUGAAGUUCAAGGAGACUGAGGAGAGUUUGAAUUUGGAGCGGGAGAGUUUUUUGUUGCCGAGAUUAAGAGGGGCUUUACAUGGUCUUCACCAAAAGCACCCAGCUUUCGGUGGCACAGUGUGCCUGUUCAAGCGCUGGCUGUCCAGCCACCUGCUGGCGCGCCACGUGCCGGCCGCGGCGGCCGAGCUGCUGGUGGCCGCCGCCUUCCUGCUGGCCGCGCCGCUGGCCGCGCCCGCGCAGCCCACGCUGGGCCUGCUGCGCGUGCUGCAGCUCCUGGCCGACAAGGACUGGGAGAAGGAGAUGCUGGUGGUGGACUUUAAUGAUGAUAUAUCACGCGAAGAAAUAUCAGAAAUGGAGCGUAAGUUUGCCGCUCGGGAAACAGGAGACCCAUACAUGUACAUAGCGACGCCGUACGACGGCGCGGCGCGCUCGCCCUGGACGCGCGGCGCCGCGCCGCCCGCCCUGCGCCGCGCGCGGGCGCUGGCGCGCGCCGCGCUGCGCCACGCCGGGGCUGCCCUGCUGGAGGAUAUGCAGGAUAAUAUAUUGCAAGCGUUCGUGCCGUCCUUGUCGGGGUACGACGUGCUGGUGCGGCUGCGGGCGCGGCUGGUGCCGCACCGCGGGGAGCGCCUGCAGGCGCGGCCCGGCGGCCCCCGGCCUCCGCCCCCUGCCGCGGAGGAUGACCUCAUCCCGGUGGUGGAAUUUCAUCCCGUUAACAGAUACUUGGACGAGUUGAAGUCAGCAUAUGGUGAGUUCGCAGAGUUCUUCCACGACGCUUACGGCGGAGACAUUAUUGCCGUGUUGUGGAAGCCUGACAUACACGAGCCCAGGGAGUUUCAGAUUGCAAACGCAAACGCACUGAAGCCUGUGACAAUAAAUGGAGAGAUCAAAUAUAAAGUGAAUAUUGAAGCAAUCGUAGAAGACUUCAAGAUUCUCGGCGCGGGGCUUGUGGUAGAUGUUACUGUCAAUACCGACGCU